AUGUCCUACUGGAACAGAAUGAAGUUCUUCACAGUGGUUCUUGGACUUUGGCUUUCCCCAAAAGUCAAUGCCCUGAAAUGUUAUGAGUGCGUACAAGGAGUUUCUGGAACUUGUACUGAGACAACAAAAGAUUGCCCUUCUCAGGAUUUUCUUUGCGGUGCAAUAACGCUCACAACUUAUAAAGGCGGUUUGGAGGACCAACAAAUUCGGUAUAAAAAAUGUUUUCUGGCUGUAGAGUGCGUUGAAGGCUCGGUUAACUUUGGAUCUGAGAAAACCGUCAUUUUAAGCCACUGCUGCAACUCAGACCUGUGCAACACCAAAGCCCCAGUGCCUAAAUUCAUUCCAAAUGGCAAAAAGUGCUACAGCUGUGAAGGACAAAAGUGCACCAGAUCUCUAAACUGUGAUGGAAGCGAGGAUUACUGCAUCAAAUCCUCAAUGACUGUUGAAGGGGAAAUGAAGCUCAUGAAGGGCUGUGCCUCCAAGAUUAUGUGCUGGGAUAAUUCUUCUGCACUUUUUACAAAUGAUCUUGGAUCUAGAAGUAGCUGCUGCCAAGGCGACUACUGCAACGGUGCCAGCAGUACAAGGGUUGGCCUGCUGCUGCUGACGGUGCCAUUCAUUGCAUUUGUCUUGUUUUCUUAG